UGUAACAUGGAUUGCUUUUCAAGACUAAAUUAAAGUGUGAAACCAUGAAAGCGAAAAGCACUCACUCAUACGCAAGCUUCCCCAGUUGUUUCUUCUCGUCCAUAAUAUUCUAUCCACCCACUAUCCCACAAACAUCACAACCACAUCUGAUCCAACCCCAUUAUUGAAACCAAAUCUGCAGAACUUGUAAGAGACUCCGACCCCAUCAUUAAAACCAAUACAGAAACAAAGAAACUGCAGAGGAAACUUGUUUUUGUUUCUUCUUCAUUUUACAUGUGUGAAGGUAUGCCUUCUCUGGUGAUUAUUUCAUUGCUUUGCUAUGGGCUGUACUGGGUAAUUCACAGCCACAAGUCAUCAAUCUCAGUGGCUUCAUUGAGCACCGAAGAAACCCUUUUUGUGAAUAAAACAGCUGCAAUUGGAGCUACAGAUGAUGACUUUAUCUGUGCCACAAUUGAUUGGUGGCCUCCUCAGAAAUGUGAUUACGGAACUUGUAGUUGGGGCUCUGCUUCUCUUCUCAAUCUGGAUCUUGACAAUGCUAUAUUUUUAAAUGCUAUAAAAGCAUUUUCACCCUUGAAAAUUAGGUUGGGUGGCACUUUACAAGAUAAAGUCACAUACCUGACAGAUGGAAGUCAACCACCUUCCACCUCAUUUGUCAAAGAUGGUUCGCAAUUGUUUGGUUUCUCUCAAGGUUACUUACCAAUGCCUAGAUGGGACCAACUAAACAGUUUCUUCAACAAAACUAGGGCUGUUAUUAUUUUUGGUUUAAAUGCACUCAUAGGUAGAAAAAUAGACUCCAAUGGUGCUGCUACGGGUGCUUGGAAUUCAACCAAUGCAGAAUCUUUAAUAAGAUAUACAGUCGACAAGGGAUACACAAUUCAUGGUUGGGAACUUGGAAAUGAACUGAGUGGGAAUGGAGUUGGAACAAAAGUUUCAGCAGACCAAUAUGCAGCAGACACACACACUCUCCAUGAAAUACUGCAGAAAAUUUAUGCAGAUUAUGGAUCAAAGCCACUAGUCUUAGCACCAGGAGGCUUCUUUGAUGCCAAUUGGUUCACAGAAUUUGUUCAUAAAACUCCUCUUUCCCUUAAAGUAAUCACUCACCACAUAUAUAAUCUUGGUCCAGGUAGUGCUGGAGAUCUCGUUGACAAGAUCCUAGAUCCAGAUGUUCUCGAUGGUAUUUCGCAGACCUUCAGCAGCCUACAAAACCUUGUUGAGACAUCAAACACUUCAGCAGUGGCAUGGGUUGGUGAAGCAGGAGGUGCUUACAACAGUGGCCAUAAUCUUGUUACAAAUGCUUUUGUGUUUAGUUUCUGGUACCUAGACCAGCUUGGUUUGGCAGCAUCUUAUGACACCAAAACAUAUUGCAGACAGACAUUGAUUGGUGGAAAUUAUGGGCUCCUUGACACCAACACCUUUCAACCAAAUCCUGAUUAUUACAGUGCUCUUCUUUGGCAUCGUUUAAUGGGAAACAAGGCCCUGUCCACAAGCUUCUCUGGGACGAAGAAGAUACGUGCCUAUGCUCAUUGUUCAAAGAAGACAAAAGGAAUCACAGUGCUCCUCAUCAACCUAGACAGUAACACUACGGUUCAAGUCCGAGUUUCGACUGAUAGUACUGGCAGGCUUGUGAGUUCUGAAAGCCUUCAGAGUUCGAAAGAUAGUGAUGAUGCAAGGGAAGAAUACCAUCUAACAGCUCAAGAUGGGGACUUGCAGAGCAAAGUAAUGCUACUAAAUGGGAAAGCACUUAGUGUAGAUUCAUCCGGGGAUAUCCCACCCCUGGAACCGAUAACAGUUAGGCUAUCAGAUCCAACUACCGUGGCGCCAUUCUCUAUUGUAUUUGUUCACAUUCCAAACACAACUGUGCCGGCUUGUGCAUAGAGGCUUUUGGUGAACAAAGACUUGUAGAUCCUUUUAUUUUCAUACAAAGAGAUGAAUAAAUAAAAAUAAGAAAUGAAUUUUAGAGGAUGCAA